CUUCGGCGUGCAUGAAUAUCUGAGAGGCGAAGGCAGGGGAGGGGCUUUUAAAAAGUCGAAUGUAGCUCAUGUGUGUUAUUUCAGGCCGUUUGGAUCCGGCUCCAACCUGUUCUAAACGAGAGGCAGCACCUGGUUACACCUUUGCAUAUAAAUCAAUACCCGAACCAAGCAGGAAGCCAUACAUUUGCUUUGGCAAUAAAAACAUAAACUAAAGGAACAGCAACACAGACACAUCAUCUGGGUGAAAAAGAAAUACAGGAAACUACAAGUCGAUGCUUGAUCGGAUCUGAACACUUUUGUAAACCCGCCGCGGAUCAUACACUUGGGUGUGUUUUGUACCAAACUCAAAAGGAGGAGACCCCUAGGCUGUGUCGUUGUAUAACUGCUGCCACAGAACAUGAGAAGGUUGCAUAUUGAGGAACUAACUGCACUCAAGAUACAGUCAUUUGUAUCACUUCAGAAAUCAGCCACUGCCGUUGCUAGGAUCCAAGUGGAUUGCUAAUACUGUAUCGAGGCAAUAUUAGUGGAGCAGCACUACUUAGUGUGCUAAGAAAAAUACCAAAGACUCUUAAUCUGACUUGAAGGGGCUGCUUGCAGUUUGCACGGUCUGUAAUUGCUUGGACGCUGACAGCGUGUGCUGCUGCAAUAAAGAAAACCUGCUGUGUGACACAAAGAGAAUUAUAUCGCAAACAUGAUGCAGAUUUCGGAAUCCAACAACCAGAGGCAUUCGCUUUUCAGUGCGAUGAACCGCUUUAUCGGGGCGGUUAACAACAUGGACCAGACUGUGAUGGUACCGAGCCUUCUGAGGGACGUGCCGGUGGAGUACGAGGAGGAGAAGGACGCUGUAGUUAACAACGCUGUCGUAUUAACCGGAGGCAGCGGGGCUGCCAGCUACUUGACAGACAGGGACAUGUACAGCUACUAUGUUUUGCUCAAAUCCAUCCGGAACGAUAUUGAGUGGGGUGUCUUGCAGCAGGGAGACGACAGGAAAAAAGAGAAGCUGAGCACCGCCGUGGAUAUCUGCAGGCUCGACCCCGAGGAGGAGGACGAAAACCUACAGAAACAGUUUCAUUUUCACCUGAGCGGACUGCACACGGUUCUCUCGAAGCUCACGAGGAAAGCGAACACCCUCACCAACAGAUACAAGCAAGAGAUCGGCAUCGGCAGCUGGGGGCAAUAAUGGCACAUUUCCGCUGGAUCAGGCAGGCGCACUGUUGUUAAGUUAGAUUGCUUCUUACAAGUGAAAACUCGAAAAGCUUAAACA